UUGCGCAGCGCGCCGGAGCGACUUCCGGCGUCCUGUUGUUGUGUGACGUUCAAAAAGGUCCGGGCGGGCAAUGUUUUUCUGCCAAGGCGAGGAAGGAGGCGGGGACGGCAACGAUGGCGGCGGAGGGUGGCGGCCCCAGAUGCAGGCUGGAGUUUGCUGUCCAGAUGACCUGCCAGAAUUGUGUGGAAGCCAUUCAGUCGUCUCUGCGGGGCACACCAGGCCUUGAGGUGCUUGACGUCCGGCUCGAUUCCCAGAGUGUCCUAGUGGAGACCAGCCUCAGCACCGAGGAGGUCCACGGCCUUUUGGAAGGCACGGGGCGCAAGGCCGUGCUGAAAGGAAUGGGCGGGGCCGUGCCACACCCGCCAGGCAGCGCAGCCGUGGCCAUGGUCUCGGGGCCCGGAGUGAUACAGGGUGUGGUGAGGUUCUUGCAGCUCUCCCAAGAGAAGUGUCUGAUUGAUGGGACCAUUGAUGGCCUGCAGCCGGGACCCCACGGUAUACACGUACAUGAGUUUGGGGAUAUCACCGGCUCCUGUGACAGCUGCGGGGAUCACUUCAAUCCUGAUGGGGAAUGCCAUGGGGGUCCCCAGGACGUGCACAGGGUAAAUUGCAGCCUCCCCACAUCGACCAUCUCUAAAGCAUGCUGGAGAUCUUGGCAAUAUCUUGGCCACCACCAGCGGGAGAGCUUCGUUUCGGAUGGAAGACAACCGGCUGAAGGUGAGGCUUCCCCGGAGCAAGUCAGCAGCCAGGUCUCGGAUAUAAUCGGGCGCUCUCUGGUGGUGGACUCUGGGGCGGAUGACCUGGGCCGCGGCAACCACCCGCUCUCCAAAGUCACUGGAAAUUCAGGCCAGAGGGUGGCCUGUGGGAUCAUUGCCCGCUCUGCUGGCCUCUUCGAGAACCCCAAGAAGAUAUGUGCCUGCGAUGGGGUGACUCUGUGGGAAGAACGGGAGCAGCCCCUGGCCGGACCGGGCCGGAGGGCUGCCAGCCAGCCGACCCCUCAUCUCUAGGCCUUCCAGCUCCGCCUGUGUUCUCGGCUUGAGCUAGGACUUCCUGAGAUGCUUGGAAUCCUAGGGCUGACUGAGAGCCGGAGACCUCAACCACCCGCGGAAAUCGCGCUAAGAGGGUGGGCCUAUUUUUGAUAGCCGAACUGUCCUCGCAAGCGGAGGGGAUGGGAGAACAGGGCAGCCGUGUGUGGUCUUGUGAACUCUGCUUUUGCUUGAAACAUUCCAGAAAAGAAAAAGGGGAUUUACCUUUUGUGGGGGGGGGGUAGUGGGGAGGUAAGACCGAGUUGCAUCUUGCAUAUACUUGCACACCUGAGGGGCACUGCUCUUUGUGAACGUUUUCCUCGCACGCCACCUUUGCCCUUCUGUUGUGCCCCGUUAAGGGGGUUGCCUCUGUUUUUUUUCUUCUUCCUGGCAGACAUUCUGUGCUCUUCAGGACUGGCCGGCAGAAAUUCUGCAGGUGUAGCUUUGUGGCCAUGCAGUACUGGAAGAAGCGUAAGCAGCUGAAUUUCCGUGUGGUAAUUCACUCUUAAAGGUGCAGGGAUCCGACCAGAAGAAAAGGGGGCGACCCUCCUCUGCAAUAAGAGGGCAAGGCAUACACAAUCCUCCUCAAGAAGGUGCAUCCUAUAGUCUGUUUUAAUUUUUUACAAAAAAGAGUACUUUGUGGACAGAGCCUCUUGGUGUGUGUGUUGGGAAACCAUUGUUAUCCGUACAGCGUUGCUGAGCAGUGUAUAAACAACAGUUUGCUCCUAGGAUGGUGUUAGUAGAAUGUGUUUGCCAAAGACUUUUCUGGCUUCAGGCAUGUUUGUCUUGGUCCUCUCUUAGAAAUGCUAGCUUGGUCUUGCCUUUUUUUCUCACAGGCAGUGAGAAAUAAAUAAAAAUCCCCCCUCUUGUGAUUCUACAGGGCUGUUCACCUGAUCAUAAGCUGGGUAGGAGGUGAGUUUCAGGAGCUGUUUUAUGCUCCUGUUUCGCAGUCGUAUGUUAAAUAAAAACAAGAUUGGAGGUGAAAAGCUUGAUUGUGAAUUAAACCCCAGCUGGCUAGGAUGAAUGCCCCCCUACAUGGAUCCCCCCCCCGCAGCUUGUGCACGGGCCUACCCAGCUGGGACUUGACAGAUGAUCAAAUUUCCUGCCUCCGACCAUUGUUUUUAUUUUAACACACACUCUCAAAACAGCAGGGCAAAACAGCUCCCCAAAAGGGGUAGGACUCGUCUCCUCCUUGGUUUGUGCUUGUGCAAACGGCCCUUCUAUGUCGCACACAAGCGGCCAAGGUAAUAGGGUGUGCUUCCUUCCGCCUUCCCUGCGUUUUUCUGGGCAAAAUGGAGAUACGUCUCCAGGUCAGAAAUGGCCAACGUGACAGCAGUGGAGGGCUUGUUUGUUCUGGACUAACGGAUGCAACGUGUGAGAAUGUGAUCAUGUCAAGAUUGUGAAGGCAGCACGUGGGAGUUCUCAGAUGCGGAUUCUCUAGGGCUGCUCCUUAUGCUGUUAAGACCACCAUUAAAUCUCACUUGCUAGCCAGUC